GCUAGGAGUCAAACAAGGGGCCUCAGUGGUUGGAGUGGACUGAAGUGAUCCAGCUCUGAGUGCUGGGUGGGAGACAAAAAUUACAUGACAUACAGCACAUCCUCACCUGAGGGCAAAAGAGUCAACAGUCCCCUAGGAGAAGUGGAUAUAUCAGUCCACAAUUUAAACUAAGAGGAAAAGUGCAAGAGAAGAGCCAGACAGAUCUGAGCAGAAGCCUCAGCGCUGGAAACACUACUGAGUCCUCUCUUUUCAAACACUGACAAGCGUUAAAGGAGCCGGAGCAUGGGGAGUUCAGGUUGUGAACAAACGGGCUGCACCGCACACUCGCCUCUCUACAUCAGUCACCCCCACACUAACCCCAGGGUGCCCUGGCUGGAUGAGGCGGAGGACAUCAAACCGCCCCGCAGUUUGUUGGGGGUCCCUGAGCUCAGCUGGCCGGGGGUCUACCUCCCCUGCUACGACCGGUUAGUCAUAGACGAGAACCCCUGGGCGCUGGGAACGACAGAGGCCCCAUCCACCCAUGCUGCUCCUCCCUCCAGGACUCCGGAGCCGAGCCCGCUUGCACCCGGCCAGGGUCAGGAUUCCUCCACUGAGGUGGAGGGUCAGGUGGAAGAGUGCUGUCUGGAGCAAGUCCAGACCAUGGUGGAGGGGGAGGUGCUGAAAGACGUUGACACGGCCUGCAAGCUGCUUAACAUUACACCAGACCCCUUGGACUGGAGCUGUGGGCACGUUCAGAAGUGGCUGCUCUGGACCGAACACCUGUACAGGCUGCCACAGGUCAGCACGAUGUUUCAGGAGCUGACCGGGAAGGACCUGUGCUCCAUGACGGAGGCAGACUUCAAACACCGCUCCUUACAGUUUGGAGACGUGCUGUAUGCUCAUCUGGACAUCUGGCGAUCUGCUGCAGCAAUGAAGCAGCGCUCCCCACCAGAACACAGCAAAUCUGCUGAGGACGAUUCCUGGACAAAUGUGGUUUGCACCUACCCCAGUCAGCCCAUCCACUUGUGGCAGUUCCUUCAAGAGCUGCUCCACAAGCCGCAUAACUACAGCCGCUGCAUCCGCUGGCUCAACAAAGAGAAAGGAAUUUUCAAAAUAGAGGACUCAGCUCAUGUGGCCAGGCUAUGGGGCAUCAGGAAGAACCGCCCGGCUAUGAACUAUGACAAACUGAGUCGCUCUAUACGCCAGUACUACAAGAAGGGAAUCAUUCGAAAGCCCGACGUAUCUCGCAGACUGGUGUACCAGUUCGUCAACCCUGUAUGAUGAAGAGGAUCGGCUGAAGAGAGUGAGCUCAGGGCCAAAAAAAAGAUAUGCUGGACAUACAGUAGAAGUAACAUGAACUCUGAAGCUCAUUUGUAUGUUGUAUUUGAUGUUUCAUGUCAAUUGUAAAGACUGCCUGUUGAAACAUGCACUCCUGCCUAUCUUUAUUUCACUCUUUAAUUCUUAAAAAGUGGAUUUUAUUUUAUUUGUCUCUUUCAUGUCUUUACCACUCAAUUUUAAAAUUACUCUUUGGUGUGAUGUUUGGUUUAAAGACAUAUUAAUGUUAUAUUAAUGAGAACAUAUUUUUUCUUCUGACUAUGAAAACACUUCAGAGAACUAGGAAAUAUGCUUUUUUUCACUUUCUUGCAGAGAGUUAGAUGAAAAGAGCCAUAUCAACAUGUCUGUACUCUAAAUACUGGUGGCAGCAGCUUAGCAUAAUGACCAGAAACAGGGUGAAACAGCUAGCAUUUACCUCUACCCAAAUGCUAAAAAAAAAAUAUCUGCCUAUGAGCACCUGUAAAGCUUACGAUUUAACAUGUUAUACUGUAUCUUGUUUGUGUAAUCCAGAAAAAACGAAGU